GGUAUACAGAGCGUCACUGAUAUACGCCAUUACACAAGACAUCAACGUUCUGAUCCCGCGGCUAUUUAUUGUAGUCUACUUACUUUGCCAUCUACCACAAAUGCGCCAUGUCUAGAAUAUUCCGAGAGCACGAGCGGGAGCGCGACUGGGACGCUGGAUCCUCUCACGGUAGUUCCCGCGCCUACACUACCGUCAGGCGCUACAAAAUUCCAGACAGGAGCCCAGAAGAUACUUACGGAGAUGAGGCCCGACCCGUCCAUCGAGGCCGCUCACCAUCCCGCGAGCGUGUUGAGAGGAGAGAACAUACUGUCGAGCGGGACGAUCUACUGCGACGUGAAGUGCGUGAGUACUACUACUUGGAACGCAAUGUAGAACGCUCGCAAUCCCCUCCAGGCCGCGAGAUCAUCGAGUACCGCUACGAGCCCGAGAGGGAACGCGUGAUUUACCCACCCAGGGAGUACCGUGAUACUUACGAAUCUGAGAUGCGGCUCCAGGGGGAGUGCAUUCCGGAUGUACCAGCUACAUUGGCUUCGUCGUCUCCCAUAUCAGAACAAUGUCACAAAAUGAUAGUCACGCUCAAGGCAAUCGUUGAAGGCCUCUCUUCGCCCGAUAACCAAGGUCACAGAAUCAGCAGCGCACAAGUGAGCGAUGAGUUGGAGCGCUUCAGUUUAUGGGUUGGCAAUAUCGGCGCACUCCACGCUCCGAGCUCACCUCUCUCCCUUGAAUCUCGCCUUGCCGAGGCGCAAGAAGUUUUGAAACAUGUAUUUGACUUGCUAGAUGACAUGAAUGAAGUUGCUGAAGAGUUCUCGAAUAUUAUCCACGGGGUACGCCUGGGAGACGUCGCUGUCGAAGCAACUGGAGAAAGCUCAUGCGACGAAAAUCAGAACGAAGAAACAGAACUUCUGGAAGAGAUUGGCUCAGGCAUUGCACGCCUCUUCCGUGUAUCUAGACUGAUCCGUGAAGCAGCGCCUACUGACCCUUUCACGAAAGCUCUGAGUUGUGACAAAUACCGGUUCAACGAUCAGUUUGAUAUUGCACAUGUCGGUGAGAAAUACCCCAAACUUGCUUCGGAAGACUCAUCAUGGCUUCGCACCCGCCUUGGUCGCGCAAUCACCCACCGCAGACAAUAUCUCAGCUACAUUCGAGACCAUCGGAAUAAGCUUGAAGCGAAAGUCAUGCAUGGGGGGUCUACGAUACCUGACAUGGGAACACCAGUUGCAUCUGUGCCAGGUCCCUCUUCCUCGCAGUUUGUGUCUAAUGAUGUUGCACUGGCCAUAUAUCGUGCAUCAAAAUCGAAUUUGGCAAAAGAGACGACUCCAUCCGCAAUUCCUCUUGGGACCUUGGAGUCCGACAGUGAAAGCGAUGGUGGAUCAUCCGUCAAUUUCUCUCAUUCAACUGGUGAAGACUAUGAAUCCUUACCCAGCUUUGUGAUACCAAAAUUGGAGGAUCUUACAAAAGGCUCUAUGAACGAAUUAGAGUGCCCCUUCUGCUACAAUAGGCAAAAAUUCAGGAAUGAAAGAGCAUGGCAAAAGCACGUCUUUUCCGAUCUUUGCACCUACGUUUGUGUUUUCCCUGACUGCGACGCGCCCUAUUUCGGUGACAUCGAUGACUGGUUCCGGCACGAGUUACAGAAUCACCUCGUUAGAUACAAGUGCAAGCUUUGCCAAAACAAAUCCUUUGCCAAUCAAAAGAGCUAUAUGAAGCAUAUCAGUGAGAACCAUACUGAGCUCUUGCAACUUGGGGACGAGGAUUCUGUCAUCAAAUUGGGACAAGAAUCUCUUGACGUUAUAUCGACUGAAGAUUGUCCAUGCUGCUCGGACUGGACAGCUAGACAGCGAUCACAAGUUCCAUACGAAGAAGGGUCCUCAAAAAUGCCUGUGGAAGCAGUGAAGGUUAUUCCGGCUGUCUUCAAACGUCAUCUUGCUUCUCAUCUCGAGCAACUAGCGUUAUUUGCCAUAGACAAUGGCGUUCAAGAUGACGAUGAUCUGACUGUUCUGCACAGUCUUUUGGGAGUAGAUACACAAAACAUCAAGAACAUUCCCAACGCGCAAGAAGCGUUGGAGACCAGACCCGCCGCACAACCCCAAACUAUAGGAUUAUACCAGCAACCACCAGUCUCAGGGGAACCCGACCCAGACCAUGUAAAACAUCUCAAUUAUCUUUUUGACAUGUGGCUGGCAACACGCUCUCGCAUCUAUGCAGACGAGGCGGUAGACCUGGCUGACCAAAUGUCAAGGACAGGAAGCGAAAGCUGGUGCGCCUCGGAUGCCUUAGAACCAGUACUCCUCAUGCUAUCGCAAAUAGCAAACAUCUGUGUGGAUUUUAGUUUGUGGGAAAAGCUUCAUGGUCUGGAAUUGAACUUGGUGCGGUUGAAAACUCGAUUCCUUGGACAAGACCACAGCUCUACAUUGACCUCGAUCGUUCAUCUUGAAAUAGUUGAGGAUAUAAUUGAUGUACCAUGGGAGUCUGGCAGGCACCAUAGAUCAGUUAUUCAAAGAAUAAGACAAGAAGCACGCCGGAAUGUUGACGGGCCCACGUUUAUUGCCAUGACUAAUCUGGCAUCAGAGUACCGGAAAGAAGGGAGGUGGCGGGAACGUGAGAAGUUAAUGUCUUGGAUAUUGGAGGAUCAGGAGGCAUCACGGGAUCCGUACCAUGCUAAACCAAUCUUGCGGCUCCAAAAAUCCGAAGCAACGUCUUCUCAGCUUCCGAAAAAUUACGAUGUGGAACUUCGUCGCGUGCAAAGCCUCCUGCAGAAAAAUUCCACCUUGGGCCCAAUAGAAACCCUGCAACGCAAUGAGGAACUGACAUUAGAAAUAGCCAAGGAAAUGGCCAGACGUCACGACGACAAAGCAAUAGCCGUGAAAAUUGUGCAAACACACCUGGAAAUUAGAGAACAUCAUUUGGGGGAAAAUCAUGAGUUGACCCUGGAUACCAUGUUCAAGAUUGCAAUGUUAUACAGAUCCUGGAAGGCCGAUGAGAAAGCCCGCGACUUGAUGGAGCGUUGCCUCCAGCUCAGUCGGAACACGUUUGGAUUGAAGCACGAGUUAACUAUCAAAGCAAAAGCCGAACUUGACACCUGGGAAUCCAUGGACUUAAGCGUUCAGAUGACCGAUCAGAGCUUCACAACUGGUACACACUCUUGAGUCACUUGAUUUCAAAGUCGUUUACAAUUGUGCUAUCAUUCAGCCCUAGGACAAAUCGUGGUGCCAGAAUAAACAAAUCGAGAUGCUUCAAAAGCGACUUCAGGCAGUGUUAUAUGGAGAGUGCACCCGCCACUUCACUUCACUCUUGGACCUUCGAGGGCCGAGUUCAUACAUUGCUGUAUUGUUAUAACCUCUCGAACGCGCAAUAUGUGCCAGUUGCUCGUCGUGCAUGGAAGGGCCCCAUGCGCUACCGAUUGUUGGUGAGGAGGAAAAUUGAUUGUUUAGUGGUUGGUUUGAAGAUUGAACCAGGGGUCUGUCUAUCGCGCGAGUGGUUG